AACAACCGCGUCGCUGUGCGUCUAGUCGGCAGGAAGUCGGAGGAGAACGUUGCCAAAUGAGAAAACAGGAUUUCGGGCCAACGGUCCCGUGUCUCAAAUUAGGCGCUUUGAAAACAUCAACAAGAGAGGGACAGGAAAUUGGACGCAAACAAUACGCUUUGAAGACUUUGAUGUCUUUUCAUCUGUUGAACUGUGCUUUGUGCUGUCAUGUGAAAUCCGAGGGAUGGUGACAAUUCAACAUUUUCCCAUCCGCUAAGAAGGACAUUUGAACUGAAGUUUUACAAGCAGUGCGAUUCUCAACGCUUUGAAUCAAAAGCACAUGAAUGGAUCGCUCUCCGCGCCAUCUUACAUAAUAUGCAUGACAUGUGACUUCAGAUUUUUUUGCGCUCCAUUGAAGACGGCCUACCCAUAACCCAAGGCCCCGCCUGACCCCCCGUGCCCCCGUAGUAGACGGCCUUCAAUCAAAUACUGUCUGUCAAAUGAAGGCAACCUAUUAGCCUCCCCCCACUGCCCCCUCUCUUCUUUUUCUUCUUCUUGCCCCCCCCGCCCUUGUUAAGUGGACAUGUGAUCAGAAGUGCUGGCAGCCGCCGCCGCAGGCGUUUGCCCCGCAGUCGGCUCGCCGUGCCUUUGAGGCUCGUCGCUCCACAAGAAACCAAAGAGCUGGCAGACUGGCGACGCGGUGCCUCUGAGGGCCGAGUCACGAGAAUGCAGGGCACCGUGACCGGCAAGGGGCUGGAUCUCUCCAAGCUCACUUACGAUGAGGCUGCACACGUGUGGCAAGUUGUUCAGCGGGAUUUCGACCUGAGGAAGAAAGAGGAAGACAGGCUUGGAGAGCUCAAGACCAAGAUUGAGCAAGAAGACUGUAAAAGAGAGAUGCUGGCCGACUGGGCGAAUUUGACGCAGUCUCACUGCAUUCGCUGUCUGAAAGCUUUCAAGUUCUUGGUGAACAAGAAGCGCCAGUGCCUGGACUGUCAACUGCCCAUCUGCGGCUCCUGCAGCCAUUACAACAAAAAGGAGCACGGCUGGGUGUGCGCUCCUUGUCACAUGGCCAGGGUCCUUAAGAUUGGCAGCCUGGAAUGGUACCACAAGAACAUGCAAAUGCGCUUUAAGCGUUUUGGCAGCGCCAAGGUGAUGCGAUCGCUCUUCAAGAGACUCCGUGGAAAACACGCAUUCUCUUCUGAUGAUGAUGAUGACGACGACGCAAAGCAUCACAAAUACGACACGCAGAGCAACCCUGAAGUCCACACUCUUGGAUGUGAAGACAGUUGUACGGUUUCACAACACUAUAAUCAGAUGAAAAAAAACAGAAGGCGUCUUACCGUCGACCCCAUCGAUUUUGGCUUGCGCUGUGACUAUUUCGCCGAAUCGAGACGAUACUCUCACCAGAUUCCGGCGCCUGAUGAAAUCAUGUUGAUGAAUCUGGGCAGAAGGGAGUCCGACAUGGCUUCUGUUUUCCAACAAUUCUUGAAAGACCAACGCAAAGUUCCGGAUGUUGGGUCUGUUCCUAGCUUGACUCCACAACAAGAUGACCUUGUGUACUCAGACAACCGAACGGUUCAGUCUUGCUGCAUGUCCGGGCUCAGCUACUCUUCUUGUGGCAGCGGGAGUGCCGGGGGACCCCGGGGGGGAGGCAGCAGCUACUUCCUGGGCCCUGAUGAUGAUGAUGAUGAUGAUGAUGACUCAGAGGAGGACGAUGAUCUGAGACGGGCCUUUCCGGUCUACCGUGCUCAUUUGGGACCCCGUGACGAUGUGUCCCAGGAGAGCCUCAACUACCCCAACCAGCCGCCACAGAUCACUGACCUGAACCGACGAAUGUCAGCCAUCGAGAACCUUUUAAGCCGCCUGCAGAUCACUCUGACCUCCUCCCAGGACAUGGAGACUCCUGGUGGCCGAGAGAGCACCUCUCCUCUCUGCGGGUGGGAAGACGUGGACGUGGAGGAGCAUCAACUGAGACGAAAGCUGAUUGCAAUGGCAGGCGACAUAAGCGACCACAGCCUGAGUUCCGACGAGGCGGAGUCCAACCGGUCGCUCUCCUCUCAAGAGAUCUCCGCGGCAGCGUCGAUGACAAGUCGGGAGGCAGACAAAAUGUUGACCAGAGUACCUCGCAGAUCCACUCCCGGAAGAAGCAACUCUCAGAAGAAAGACCGUUCAAUCGAAAGCCUGCAGGAUAAAUGGCAAGGGGAAGGCUCAAAAUCAAGCUUCCAAGGUUCGACGGCUUUACUCUUUGAGCUGGAGGACAAGAUCGCCCAAGCCGCCGCCGACGUGCAGAACGCCCAGACUCAGGUGUCGUACAUUGAGAAUCGGAUUGCCGCUCUCAACUCCGGCGGCAUGCCGGUGGAACAAAGACGAAAGGAAACGUUCGUGAAACAGGACUCACAAGGAGAAGACGAAGUCUGAUGUGAGAUUUUCAUGCAAAGACAAUCAAUCGGACAAUGACUUGUCCUGUUUUGGUUGUUUCUCACGUACAUCUUUACACCAAAAAAUGUUCAGGGAUUAAUGUGACCCGAGUUUGAUCCUGAAACAUUUUUACAUUUCGGUUGGCCCCUCUGUGGACAACAUAUUUGAUACAUUGCAGUAUGUUAACGCCUCAAAAAUGAUAAGAAUGGAAAAAAAUAUAUUUGCUUCUAACUUUUAACCAAUAUAGAAUGCAUUGUACUGACAUUCCUCUUUAUUUUGGGAGUUCCUAUACUCUAUAUGCACUUUAACAUCAAUGUAUGCCAUUUUUAAAGUCACUGAUUUGGAGUCAUUUUAGGUUUUAACAUUCCUUGUCUUUUUGGUCUUGAUAGAAUGAUCAUCAAAUCAUUUUCUCUUCAAUCUAUUUGCGACAGAUGUGACCUAAUAAAGAGCUUCUUCCAUGAU